AUGCCUCCGUUGUCGUUGUUGUCGUCGCUGCCGCCAGCGGCCCAGGGCGCACAAUUGUACUCGCCGUCGCGAUUGCCGUCCCCUGGCGAUUGGGGUGUUUCGGAUGAGGAUUCUGUCGUCUCGCGGCUGUCACGGCCAGCAACACCAGCGUCUAGUGUUGCUGGAGAGAGUACUGCUGUUAGCGACGCGUUGGGUGAAGAAGAGGACAGGUCAGAGACUCCUAGCGAUCACAACAACGCUGGAGAUAUUGUACCUGGUCGCACGGUCCGUCGACGCGCCUAUAGAGCUCGAAAACGUUAA